GCGCAGACACCUGUUCAAGAUAUCAUGGACAAGGAGAAUGUGGGGCCAGCCGGAAGGCCGCUACGUGUACAACCAUUCAGUGGACUGGGAUCAGUUGGACGCAAAGUCUUGGGGAGAAGGGAUAACAUGCUUCCACAAGAAAGUCUCAGCACUCAGAAACUUCCUCCUCUUAAGCCACGCAAUCUUGGAACGCCGGGCUUCGGUUGCAAAUCUCUAGCCACUCCCACAAGUGUCCAGGCUGCUCGCAACACUGGAUCACAGAGCUGGGAAGAUGAUGUACGCGCCUAUGUGCUGUGUCAAGACACUGCAGCGGAGCCAUUCCAAGCGCAGCGCCACACACUCAGCACUGCGCUCCUUUCAAGCAGCCCUUUAGACAGCAAGGCUGCAGAGUCCUGGUGGGCAUUUCUUGCAAAUGAGGAGGCAGCUCUGGCAGGAGCAGGCGCCAAUGUGACAGUGGAGCUAGGCACAGGAGCCAAACUGGGGAGGCAGGCCAUUUCCCUCUUCCAGCUGUACAAGUGGGCCACUCGAGUGCUGCCCAAGCGCAACAGCGAGGCCUACCUGCAGCUGUGGCUGGGCUAUGCCCGUCACCAGGGGUACAGGAACCAGCAUGAGGCGCGGGAGACAUACAAGACACUGAAGGACCAGAACAUUGGGAAUGCAUCGGUGUCUGCCAGCCUCUAUGCAGAGUGGGCAGCCCUGGAAAUCAGCGCAGGCAAGCCCAUCCACAGCCACGCUUGCCACUUGGGCUUUAUCACUUUCCAUUUGACUCCUUGUGAGACGGACAGGGCGCUCUCCAUUGUGAGGAAGGGUAUCAAGGCGGAUGCCCAGCCGAUCAGUGAGCUGCAUGCACUAGAGGCGAGGCUUUCGGCAGGCCCCAAGGCGGGGGAAACAAUGACAACGAAGAGGGUGGGCGCUGCGAAUGCGCAGCAGAGCGCGGCCACCACUUAUUUGCUGCCGACACCGGCGGCUCGCGCCAACCGCCGCAUCCGCGACUUCACGCAGACCAACUCCCUCGACAUGGCCCUCAGCCACAAUGCCGCCAGCACCCUGGAGAGGGACGCAGCCGGCGAGGCAGUCACCGCUGACGUCAGCAGCAGAGCGCCGGCGACGGCACCCCACCCAGACCACCUCACGCCCAUCUGCGAGACCCAGCAGGACUCACCGCCUGACACCACACAAUCCAACGCCGAACCACAAACACAGCAGGAGCGGCCGGCUCCUGGCGCGCACACGGAAGCAGCGGACGGGGGGAACUCUGCGCGCAUGGAAGCGACGGUGGUGGUGCGGCGGGGGGCGGCUGGGGGCGCGCACACGUCCCACAGCAGCCUGUCCGGCGGUUCCGGCACGAGCGACGAGGCGACUGUGACAAUCAACAACAACCCCCGCCUUGCCACCCCCGCCCUCACAGGCACACCCCCAACGUCGCUGCCCUCCAUAGAUUGGCGGACGGAUGUGAGCAGCAGCAGCUCGGGCAGCGGCGAGGCUGAGACGCUGGACCUGAAGCUGCGCACGACGGCGGAAAUGGCUGCCGGGCCGAGCGUGCACCUGCAGCAGCAGCAUGCAGCGACGGCCGGUUUGGGAGGGGGGGCUGCGAGGGUGGUCCUGCAGAGCGAGAGCGCCGCAACCGCGCUGACCGACAGCGGCAAGAAGAGGAAGGCGGAGGCGGACGCACGCAGCGGCUGCCCACCCCAGGGCGCCAAUGCCUGCGGUCCCAAGCGCCGGCCAUCACCCGACAUUGAUAUGAGGGCUCGGCAGGAGUCAAGCCCGCAAUGGGGGUACACAGUGGUCACCACGCCCAACGGCUCCGUGCACCACCGGCACGGCAAGCUGGACGCUGCCGCGCAGCCUCAGAGCAACCGUGCUGCAGUGAGCAAUGCUGAUGCAGCAGGAUCUGCACUUGCGGCGCGGAACAGAGGCCCCCCAGAGGGAGCUAGCACGUCCACCAGCAGCCCAGACGAGACUCUCCAGGUGGUGCCGCCCAUGAGCAUAGGGGCGCAGCCGCCCCCGCGCAGCAGCAGCAGCAGGAGGGGGCCUGUAUUGGCGCCCAGACCGAGCAGCAACGACGCAGAUGAGACCGUGCCGCUCAUCAAUGGCGGGCUGGCAGCCAAAGCCCUGC